GAUUUUUGUGCUAGAAAUUCAACGAUUUCUCGCAUUUGUAACACACGCAGGAGUUUAAAGUCCAUUUGCGCGAACAGGAAAAUAAACGCUUAGUUGUUAGUUUUAGGUAAAUUUUACAGUGUGGCUGAUUGGUGAUCCAAAAUGUUGGAUUUGUUUACCAUCUUCACCAAGGGCGGAAUCGUCCUCUGGUACUUCCGAGGUACUAAUCAAAUAUUUGCCCCUUCGGUUAAUGCGCUUAUCCGCAGCGUAAUUCUGCAGGAACGUUCUGGAGUUUACGAUCAUGACGGGUUAUCGCUCCAAUACAAACUGGACAAUGAAUUCGAGUUGGUGUUUGUUGUUGCAUUCCAAAAGAUCCUUCAGCUUUCGUACAUCGACAAGUUUUUGAGCGAUGUACAUUUAGAAUUUCGUGAUAAGUAUAAGAAUGACCUGAGAGCUGAAAACCGAAACUAUACGAAUUUUGAGUUUCAAGAUGAUUUCACAAGGAUUCUGGAGCAGGCCGAAAAGUGGGGCCGAAUGCAAGCAACGCUUCCAAAGCAGAUGCGUAGCUUUGAGGAUUCCCAUAAAUCGAAGAAAACGGUUGCUUCCAUGAUUGAGAGAAAGGGUGAGGAAAAACCAGCUGGUAGUAAGAAAUCGGUGAAAAUAAUGGAAAAUAAAAAGGAACAGGAAGAGAAUGUUGCUCCUCCUCAAAUGAACGGAGGUAAUGAAGAUUUGAUUCUGGAGAAUCGUAAGAAAAUGAUAGAAAAGUUGAACAAGAAGAAGGGAGAUAAGCCCAAGUCCCCCAAAUCUCCGCCACAAAAAUCUGGAAAACAAAUGCGUGUUUGGGAUUUGGGAGGUAAUACAAGAGAUUUGCCAAAUUUGGAUCGUUCUAAGGACAAGCCGGAAGACAUGAAGAGCGAUUUCACAACGAGCAAUGCAAUGAUUGGCAGCAUGAAAGGGGGCAUUCAAGAUUUGGAAGUCGAAAGCGAUAGCGAUUACUCUGAGGAAGAAGAUGAAGAAGAAAUCAAAAAUUAUGAAAUGCGCCAAAGUACUGCACCAACCAAGAAAUCUGGCGGAGUAUUCUCCUUGUUCAAAGGCUUGGUAGGAUCAAAGAAUCUUACUCGUGAAGCUAUGCAGCCAGCGCUUGAUAAACUUAGUGAUCAUUUGAUUUCCAAGAACGUUGCAUCCGAUAUUUCUCACAAGCUAUGCGAAUCGGUCGCUGUAAAACUAGAAGGAAAAGUUCUUGGCACAUUCGAUACCAUUGCUGCAACGGUUAAAAAUACAUUGACUGAAGCUCUGGUCCAAAUAUUGUCACCGAAACGUCGCGUUGAUAUUCUUCGUGAUUGCCUGGAAGCCAAGAAAAACAAGCGACCUUACGUGAUGAGCUUCUGUGGGGUGAACGGUGUCGGAAAGUCCACUAACUUGGCCAAAAUCUGCUUCUGGUUAAUUGAGAAUAAUUUGAAUGUUUUGAUUGCGGCUUGCGAUACGUUCCGUGCUGGAGCUGUUGAGCAACUGCGUACUCACAUGAGACAUCUGAACGCUUUGCAUCCACCGGAGAAGCAUGCUGGAAGGAACAUGGUACAGCUGUACGAGAAGGGCUACGGCAAAGAUGCAGCUGGAAUUGCAACGGAAGCCAUACGAUAUGCAAAUGAUUCUUCGGUCGAUGUAGUUUUGAUUGAUACUGCAGGGCGUAUGCAAGACAACGAACCGCUCAUGAGAGCGUUGGCCAAAUUGAUAAAGGUUAACGAGCCCGAUCUCGUAUUGUUCGUUGGAGAAGCCCUCGUAGGAAAUGAAGCCGUCGAUCAGCUGGUUAAAUUCAACCAAGCUUUGGCAGAUUAUUCUGCGAAUGAGAAUCCGCACAUUAUCGAUGGUAUUGUUUUGACCAAGUUUGAUACUAUUGACGACAAGGUGGGCGCUGCUAUAUCAAUGACAUACAUUACGGGACAACCGAUUGUGUUUGUCGGAACAGGACAGACCUAUACCGAUCUGAAAAAGCUGAACGCUAAAGCCGUCGUUCAUGCUCUGAUGAAGUGAGCUGGUAAAAAUUUCCACGGUGUGCAUUUUACUCCAUCCACUCCUUAUAAUUGAGCUCCAUGUAUCUUACUUGUGCUUGAAUAUUUCUGUUCAGAUGUUAUAUCCUAGUUCGUGUUCAAUUCCAAUGAUUUCUUCCACCAUUUCUAUCGGCUGAAUUCCAAACAUUAAAUGCAAGAUAGUAGACCAAUUCCAGCUAGUCAUAGGGACAGACACAAUUGAAAAAAGUAUCUUCUACUCACAUGUAGUGAUUGAACCUCGAUGUAUCUUUCUUUUUUAUUUUUAUAUAACUGUGUACCUACCAUAGUUUUUCGUUUGUGGAUGUAUAUUAUCAUUGUACUUUAUCGCUAUUUUGUUGUGUUUUAUUGAAGGAAAAAAGGGAACAUUUACCUUACAAUUAUGGAGAAUAAAAAUCGAGAACAUAAAAU